CACAGUGAUUGGUGCUGCAGCUGGCUGGCUUCAGGCUAGGUCAUGUAUGGCAGCACUGCAGCAUGGCAGUGGCUGCUCUAGGAGCCUUACCAACCACUCUGUAGAGAAACCCAGAGUUGUUUGAGAAAAGGAGGAAAAAGUGUUAGUUUUAUAUUGUAACUUAAUGUUUGGUACCACCAAAAUCAAUGGAGAGAUUGGAUAAUCUGACCCCAGUUUAUUUCCAUUUUGCUACAUUGUGUAAAGAAUGAGUACAGGACACACUUCAAGAUUACAUCUGUUGUUUGUUUUGGUGUUUUUUAAUCUGGUAAAUAAUGAAAUCUUUCUGGAUUGCGCUUCCAUUUUAUUUAGCUGAAAAAUUCAAACAACCAUUCAACAGAAGAAUUUCUUCAUGUUUUAUUACUUUUUUUCCCUUGGCUUGGAAAAGUUGUAUGGAUCCUUCUUUCAAUACACAGCUGAUGGAUUGUAGAAUUUCACUGAACUUGCUACAUACACAGGCAGUCCAGGAAGUUAAGAGGAAUUGGGUUAAAACAACAGACGAGCAGAUGCAUGAACUUCAACUUCUACAAAAAAAUGUAAACAAAGCAAAGGGUAUACAAAGGAUGUCAAAGAAGACACACUGGAGCUCCGAUUUGAGUACAAUGACUCAGGCACAUGAAACUGGAUCAUUUUGUACACAAAACAGUAGCUGCAUGAAGAAAAUGGUAUCAGAACAGAUGAUGAAGGCAGCCAAAGGCCAAGAAAUGGUGAGCAGUUUUUCCCCGCUUCACUUGCUUGCUUCAUCUGCUGCCAUGUUAGACCAAAUGAGAUCCGUGACAUUCACACGGAGAAAAUUUUUUAUUUUAAAAAGAAGUGUUAAUAAACUAAAAGUCUGAUUUGUAGCUAAAAUACUUCUAUCUUUUGUGUGGGCCUUUCAGGAUGGAAGUAUGUUUAGAUAUUUGAAAUUUAAAAAAUAAUUUCCAGCAUUAGAAAUGUCUUUAUUUAACCUUGUGAUAUCUAAAGACUUUGUCUACCAACUGAAAAUGUCUGAAGAGGAAAAAAGAAAGGACCGUGUGUAAUCUUCUAGGCUCAUGCUGAUUAGAGUGAGCAGCGAGGCAAUGCAUGUUAUUUCAUAGCUUUAAACUGUAACUGAUGCAGAAGAAAAGACCAAUUUUAAUCUUGGGAAAGAGUGGAUCUCUUUAUUUCUAAAUUUAUUUGUAACAGAAGCAAACUUUUAAUUAUGAAGAUUAGCAUUCACUAUGUAACUAAUCAGCUGUGGAUAGUAGCUUGUACUAAAACAGAGAAUUGUGAGAGAAGGGCCACUCUGCCAGUUCAUUUCUUAUA